AUGCUAAUCACUUUUGAGAAUUCUCAAAAGAUGCAAAUCACUUCCCUUCCCUUUUUGGAGAUGGACGUGGCAGAGGCGCGUGACCAGCUGAGCGUGGUGGAGGAGCAGGAUGCGAUAGUGAGGAAGAACCUGCGCAAGGCAGAGGAGGAGCUAGACGUAUUGGUGGACGAGUGUGCGGAGAUGAGGCGCCUGCUGCGGCUGACAGUGCAAGCAUUUGACUACCACAAGGACUCCAUUCUGCACCUGCCAGGGAUGAAGAACCUGUCAGCUGAGCUCUUGACAGCAGCGGCAGAGUUUGAGGAUGAGGAGCGGACUGAUGGGGAUGACAGUGUUGCAGGAGGCAGCUGA